AUGGCACCCCAAACUCCGGCCGUUGUCAUGGACAACGGUACGGGGUACUCGAAGCUAGGCUUUGCCGGAAAUGACUCCCCGUCGUUCGUCUUCCCCACAGCUAUUGCAACAAAAGGCCCUGCUGGAGGCUCUGGAGGCUCUGGUUCAGGUCGACCAGCUGUGGCCAACAAACCCUCGUUUCUUACAGGGGGCGCUGGACAGGGUGGUAAUCUAUCAGGAAAGAGGGGCACGGAAGAUUUGGACUUCUUCAUUGGCGACGAGGCUCUCGCUGCUUCCGCAGGACCCGGGUACGGUAUACACUAUCCUAUACGGCAUGGUCAAGUAGAGAACUGGGAUCAUAUGGAGCGUUUCUGGUCCAAUUCUAUUUUCAAGUAUCUUCGGGUUGAGCCAGAAGACCACUACUUCCUACUGACCGAGCCGCCUCUUAAUCCUCCUGAAAAUCGUGAGGCUACGGCUGAGAUCAUGUUCGAGUCGUUCAACGUCGCUGGUCUUUAUAUUGCUGUUCAGGCAGUGCUAGCUCUAGCGGCAUCUUGGACCUCUUCAAAAGUCCAAGAUCGCUCCUUGACAGGCACCGUAAUCGACUCUGGUGAGGGUGUAACUCAUGUCAUCCCUGUUGCCGAAGGUUACGUAAUUGCCUCAUCGAUUAAGAGUGUUCCCAUUGCUGGACGUGAUAUUACAUACUUUGUUCAAUCACUCCUGCGUGACCGUGGCGAGCCAGACAGCAGCUUGAAGACCGCCGAGCGCAUCAAGGAGGAAUUCUGUUAUGUUUCCCCGGAUAUCGUAAAGGAAUUCGCACGCUUCGAUCGGGAACCUGACCGUUUCGUGAAACACACAGUCACGCAACCGAACGGCAGAGCGGUGACAGUCGAUGUCGGCUACGAGCGAUUCCUAGCGCCCGAGAUAUUCUUCAACCCAGAAAUCUACUCGUCCGACUUCCUUACUCCAUUACCGAACAUCGUCGAUACCGUCAUUCAGUCCAGUCCGAUAGACGUACGGCGCGGUCUUUACAAGAAUAUUGUGCUGAGCGGAGGCUCCACUCUCUACAAAGACUUCGGGCGACGACUACAAAGGGAUAUCAAGCACAUGGUAGAAGGCCGUAUCAAGGCGUCGGAAGUCAGGAGCGGAGGAGCCAAGAGUGGUGGCCUAGAUGUGCAAGUAAUCACUCACAAGCGACAAAGGCAUGGUCCUUGGUUUGGAGGGAGCUUGCUAGGCCAGACGCCAGAAUUUCGAAGCUACUGCCAUACUAAGGCCGAAUAUGACGAGAUAGGUCCAAGCAUUGUGCGAAGAUUUGCCCUCCUCGGUGGCCCAGGAAGUUCAUAG